AUGGCGGACAACCCACGCUUUCAGGCCGCUUUGCUUCUUAGCAUCGUUGGCCUGGGAAGCGCGAUGAUCCUGGUGCUCAGCUUCGUGUUCAGAGAGACCGGUGGCGAAGGGUCUCUGACUCAUGACCUGCUUAUGAGGUCCCUCGCCUGGAAACGUGAUCAGCGCUUACUGGCCGAGGCCUACCGGCGCUCCAUGGAUCGCACCGCGGACCCCUGCGAAGACUUCGAGCGUUUCGUCUGCGGAAACUCGGAUUCCACCCACCUGCUUCGUGACGUGCGGUCCAGGUCAGCAGACGACGUCGUUGCAGUGGUCACAGCUCGUGGAAGCAAUAAAGUGCUAUCUUGGACUGGUUGGUGCACGUUAAAAAAAAAAAAAGCGAGUAAUAGCGCAAAGAAGGGGACGUGCAGACUAUCAUUUCAACUGCCUCAGUCUGCACCUCCCGUUUCUAGCGCUACCACUCGUAUUUUUUUUCUCUUUUCGUGGAAGCAGUGUUCUCGACAAAGCAUAUACGCCAACACGUUCUCGCGGUCCUGUCAACGCAGGGCACUGGCCGAGGCCGGCUGGCAGCUGGCGCAGACGCUCGUUGCCACCGUCAAGGACAGUGGCGGCAACCUGACGGCCUUGCAGAAGGCGGCGUCGCUCUUCCAGCUGUGCGUGCGUCUUCCUUCGCUGGAGGACGACGCGGCACCCAAGCUGUCGGAGCUGCUCCGCCAACUGGGCUUUGGAUGGCCGCCGGACCCUCUGCCACCGGGAUUCGUCGAGGAGACGCCUGCGCCCACCCGAAUCGAGGCCGAGUCGCUGCUCGCCAAGCUGAUCGCGCUUUCGCUGCGCUGGCGCUUACACGCGCUGUUUCGAUGCCAGGUCGAACCGGAGCAAAAGCCGAAUGGCUUGCUGGUGCUGACCGUGCGAAGCAGUGACGAGCUGUCCAACUGGCUCGAGGUCCGAACCGAACUGCAGCGCUCGGAGAAGUACAACGAGGCGCUCCUCACUGUGGUGGCUGGGUUUCGUUGGCCUGGGGGUCGACAGCAGGCCUUUAGUGUCGUCCGAAGCGUCGCCAGUGCAGAUCGCCUACUCAGUGCACUCAUCUCGAACACCAGCCUCUGGUCCGGGUCUCACAUAAGUGCAGAGACAUGGCGCCAGGUGGCGUCGCAGGUGGCUGGCCGACAGGUGACGCCCUCUGUGGAGCCAUCGACGCUGCUGACGGCGCUCGAGUACUUCGUGCUCAAAAUGACCGACGACGCUUCAGUGAUCGCCGCAUGGCUCGUAAUGCGCAAGCUCGCCCCUCUCAGCGUGACAUCCUUGCUCGAUGAGGUCGAGGUGCAAGACAGACGCUCCCGGCACUGCAUGAACAUGAUUAACCGCGAAAUGCCUCUAGCCGUCGCAUCCGCGUAUGCCCGCGGUUCUGACACAGCAGCGAACGCCAGCACAUCUGCGGCAGCGGACGUGGUAAUCCACGACGUGGCAUCCAAGAUGGCCGAGCUGUUGGAGGCAUCGGGCCGUUUCCAGAUGGCAGAAAGCCUGCGAACCAUCCAGACCAUCUUUCUGCUGCCUAUGGAAGACGAGGUCGUUGACGCGCUGUACGAGUCGGUCCCGGUGGCCGACGCCAGGCGCACUUUGUUCGGCUCUGUGGCGCAGACGACCAGCGCUCUGAGCGAGCUUCGCUUGGCAGCGCUCGGCUCCAGGCUCGACCACCUGUCACUGCCCCUGUUCGUGGAUCCGCUGGACACCAGGCUGCGCUACCUCGAGUCGCUGCACGCGCUGCUGGUGCCCAUGUUGGUGCUGCAGCCGCCCGUCUUCGGGCAGACGCUCACCCCCUCCGUUAACUACGGGUCCCUCGGCCGACUUGUUGCCGAGGUUUUGAUCGAGACGUUCGUCCGGCAUCCGUACACGACGAAGCCAUGUAACGAAGCUGCCGACAAUUUCACAGCUGCUGUGCUUCUACACGCCGCCGUCGAAAGGCCCGUGGGGCGUGCAUUUCAGGGCCAAGCGAACAACCGCACCACUCCGAACGAAGCCCGGCUGCUGGGCUUCCAAGACUUCAGCGACGAGCAGACCUACUUCGUUGCAGGCUGCUACGUUCGCUGCGGCUCUGAGGCAUCGUGCAGGACGCCAUUCCGCCACAAUCGCUGGUUCUCGGCCGCCUUCGGCUGUCCCCAAAACGCGGCCAUGAAUCCGGAGGAGAGGUGCGCCUUCUGGUGAAGACCUAAAGGUGUGCUGCCUGACCCCAAGACGCACCACAUUUCCCACCGCGCUGAAUUUGCGCUGCAAUAGCGAUCGACGCUGCCUUGGACAUUCGGUCAAUAUGAAUUCGAGUGAAGAACAUUUAACGUCGGCUACAUUGCGCUGUACGCUUGCUGGUUUGACGCAGGAUGCCGUUCCGGGUUACGCGUGCGUUUUUAUGCGGACUUCCAGAAUGAUCGCAAAUACGUUAUUGGACGACGCAUUUUUGGGGUACUUAACGACGAUCUUAUGCGCUGUCGCAUUUGUGUCGAAUUUGUUCCUUUGUCCUUGGUUUUCAUUGUUCGGUUGUGAAAGUUGCAGUCUCAGACCUUUUAUUUGUGUUUGUUGCAGAGAAACGCCGAGAAUUGUUUUAUUUCAUCAAACAAUAAAUGAAUACACUCAGGUAUACCACCAUGA